UGGUGCAGUUGCCCAAGAUAGAUAGUAGAGAGCGCUGCUGCUGCUGCUCGCACCCUCUCUCUCGAUUUCACACACCCGCUUGACUUGCUUUGCUUGGCCUUUGCUUGGUUGCCGUCCUUUUGCUUUGCCGCUGCACCCACGACAGCAUCGGGCAACCACCACACAGAGCCGGAACAACACUCAGGGUAUUCACCCUUGUUCGUAUUGCGUGGUUGCACAGAAGAAACACACACACAGAAGAACACACACACACACAGAAGACACACACACACACGCACACACUUCAUGAUGAACACCAACCAAGGCGUUGGCGUGAUGCACGCUGUGGCGGUGCUGGUGUGCGUGGCCAUGUACGCCAACGCUGUCCUCGUCUCUGGGAAUGAGCUUGCCCCACUUCCUUCAAACAUGGCGAGGCACUCGUUUCUCUUCGUCGUCGGCGCCCACCACAGUGGUACCACCAUCUUGGAUCUCGUGCUGUGCCAGCACCCCGACAUCUCCUGCCUUCUCAACACGAACGUGCCGCAGAACGAGGGCCAGCAUCUGCAGGACGUGUAUCCGAAAGCGGCGUGGACCGGCGGGCAGCUCGGGUACGGGUUCAACCCAAAGAGCCACAUCACGGAGACGAGCGAAAUGCUGACUGACGAGAACCGCGAGGCCAUCUUCAACGCGUGGGCCAAGUACUGGGACACGAGCAAGCCCGUGCUGCUGGAGAAAUCACCGCCACACCUGCUCAAGAUGCGCUUCCUGCAGAAGAUGUUCACGCCAGACCGCACGACGUUCAUCAUGAUCAUGCGCCACCCGCUCGGGUGCGCCCACUUCCGCUACUCCAAGCGGCGGUACAUGGCGGCGGGGGUCAAGGACUGCGGCGAGCGAUACAUCCAGCAUUGGCUGCAGCUGCACAAGACGGCACUGGAGGAUAUGGAGCACGUGGAGCACAUUGCUGUCAUUCAACUGGAAGACUUCCUCGACCACGGCGGCAAGCAGCUGGCGCAGGGGUACAUGGCGGAGAUGGAGCGGUUCCUGGGGCUUCCAAACAAAGUCCACCUCCACGAGCGCAGUCCAGCAAACCCUUCGCGCCGCCGCCGCAGCACCAAUACCGGGUCAUCAUCAUCAUCAUCAUCAUCAUCAUCAUCAUCAUCAUCAUCAUCAUCAUCGUCAUCAUCAUCAUCAUCAGUAUCAUCACCAUCAUCAUCAAAAGCUGUACCCCGUGGCCAUUUCCGGUAUCCGCGGGCCAGCCGCCGCAGCAGCUCCUCGUCGCAGUUGCCACCGCACGUGCCCAUCGGAGCCCUCACGCGCCGAAGCGAUGGUGGCCGCGGUGUGAGUGGUGGUGUUGUUGUUGGCUCGCAGAGUGGUGGUGGUGUGCGUGGUGGUGGGCGGCAGCUGCUGGAGUUUCAUGGAAACACGCACCACGUGGAAGUGUCGUUUGGGUCAAGCAUGAACUGGAUCCCGGACUGGCACAAGGUUGUAGACAUGUCAUCGCAGAAGUGUCAGCAGGUGGUGAACAGAUACGAGGAGAAGGUGAACGCAUACGGGUACAGCCUGAAGAACUUAACACACGUGACAGACCCAAAGGCCUUUCGGAAGUAUCUGCUCAAGCUGGAGCUCAUGAACAAGAUGGAGGACAGGGAUGAUGAUGACGCAGAUGCUGCUGCCAGAUAGUGCAUGGAACGCGUACGGCGGUUGUGCUGCGUUGAUUGUUGGGUGGGGAGUGGGUUGAGAAGGGUUGCAAGGGACGUUGUUGCUACCACAAGCAUGCUCGUGUUACAUGUGUGUGUGUGUUUGUGAAUGAGGGGACUGCUGAGCCGUUGCGUGGGUGUGUGUGUGAUCGUGUGUUCGUUCCCUUUGCACUCGUUUCCACUGUGCUUGUUUGGUUAGGUGUGGACCCUCCGUUGCUUGCUGGCAUUUCGUGGGAAGUUAGGUUUGGAUUGUUCCACAAAAGCAAUACACGACAAACAAACACCACA